UUCCCAGUACACACACCACACCACACCACACCACCAUUUAUUACUAGAGAGAGUGAACUCGUCAGUGGCAGUGCAGUGCAGCACGGUGGCACAUGGCCGCGGACAGAGGCCGUCGUCCACGGUGUCCAGCAAUGUCGGCAGCAGCAGCGCCGCGGAGCAGCAGCAGGAGGAGGAGCGAGUUCUUGCUGCUGCUCGCGGCGGCGGCGGUGGCGGCAGAGACGGUGGUGUCGGCGGCGGCGGCGGCGGGGUUUGGCUGCCGGGCGGGGACACGGCCGGUGGUGUUCAACUUCGGGGACUCCAACUCGGACACGGGCGGGAUGGCGGCGGCCAUGGGGUGGCGCAUCAGGCCGCCCGAGGGCCGCGCCUUCUUCCACCACCCCACCGGCCGCUUCUGCGACGGCCGCCUCACCAUCGACUUCCUCUGUGAAAGGUUGAACAUAAGUUAUUUGAGUCCGUACCUGAAGGCAUUGGGUUCUGACUACAGUAAUGGUGCAAAUUUUGCCAUUGCCGGUUCAACGACAUUACCACGGGAUGCUCUUUUUGCAUUGCACAUACAGGUGCAGCAAUUCUUAUACUUCAGAGAUAGAUCCUUAGAGCUCAUCAGUCAAGGUCUCCCUGGUCCAGUCGAUGCUGAAGGGUUCCAAAAUGCUCUAUAUAUGAUAGAUAUAGGGCAGAACGAUAUUAAUGCUCUUCUUUCCUACUUGUCUUAUGAUCAAGUAGUUGCAAGGUUCCCCCCGAUACUAGCUGAGAUCAAGGAUGCUAUCCAGACUUUGUAUAGCAACGGGAGCCGGAACUUCUGGAUUCAUGGAACAGGGGCCCUUGGCUGCCUGCCUCAGAAGCUCUCCAUUCCUCGGAAGAACGACAGCGAUCUCGAUUCAAAUGGUUGCCUCAAGACCUACAACAGAGCUGCGGUCGCGUUCAACGCGGCGCUAGGCAGCCUCUGCGAUCAGCUGAGCGCGCAGAUGAGAGACGCGGCCAUCGUCUACACCGAUCUGUUCCCUCUCAAGUAUGACCUUGUGGCGAACCACACCAAAUACGGUUUCGACAAGCCGCUGAUGGCAUGCUGUGGAUAUGGUGGAUCACCUUACAACUACAAUAUCAGCGUGAGCUGCCAGUCCAAGAAUGCGAGUGUCUGUGACGAUGGCUCAAAGUUCGUUAGCUGGGACGGUGUGCACCUCACUGAGGCUGCCAAUGCCAUUGUGGCUCAAGGCAUACUCAGCUCUGACUACUCCAGACCCAAGAUCAAGUUUGAUCAGUUCUGCAGACUCUGAUGAUAGAUACUGUACUUUUAAUACAUUUCCAGUUCAGGGGGAAAAAAUAUAGGAGAAUGAGAGAGGUGGCAUUUCAUUUCAGGGUCCAAAAUGGACCUUCAUGUGUGACAAUAAUUGCUUUGUUCAAUUGCAAGGGGAUAUGAUUAAAUUGAUGCAAUACAAUUUUGUUCCCCUUUCUAUUAACGUGGCAAUGUAACAUCUGAAAUUAGUUGCUUUUGCCUGUGUUGUUAUUCCGUCC